AGCCCGUCAUGUUGUGGGUGAAGACAGCAACGAGGUGGCGUGGACGUGCAUUAACUGUAAAUCACGCGAGGCCCGCAGCAACAGCACAAGACAUGUCCACUUCUUCCAAUGUUAAACACUACGACACCAAAGACAUUGACAGCCGCUUGGCGUACCAACUUCUCGUCGGGACGGUAGUGCCGCGACCCAUCGCUUGGAUCAGUACACUGAGCGCGGCGGGCGUAUCCAAUCUAGCGCCGUACUCGUUCUUCACAGUCGCGAGCACGUAUCCUCCCGUGCUUUCGGUCACGCAAGUCAAUCCUCGUGUCGGCGCCGACAAGGACACACUGGCCAACCUUCGACAGACCAAGGAAUGCCAAGUGAAUCUAGUCACCCACGACCUCGUCGGCAUCAUGAACGUGUCGUGUGCCAACUAUCCGCAUGACGUGAGCGAGUUCGAAGCCGUGGGCAUCGACAGCGUCCCCGGCACACUUGUGCGCGCGCCUGGCGUGGCCGCCGCCCUCGUGCGUAUGGAGUGCACGCUGCGGGACGUGGUGGCCAUCGGCAACAGCAGCGUCAUGUACCUGGACGUGGUGCGCUUUGCCGUGCGCGACGCCGUGGCUCGUGACGGGCGCCCUGUGGACGACGCGCGGUUUGUGGGCUUGGGCAAGCUGGGCGGCGACGGCUACACGAAAACCACCGACCGCUUCGACCUACCCCGACCGCAGCUAUAAUAAAUGUACUAACGACAGAGCACCAUUAACGAGUACUACUAUGUAAUCAUCCAGUGUUUGCUCCAUGGGUGAACAAAAUAUACUAAUAUUAAUACUAGUACCGCAUAGUACUGGA